ACUAUACAAUUUAUUUAUGAAUAUUUAGAAUUUAACUUAAAAUAUUUGCAUCUCAAAAUGAGUGACUUUGAAUUGGAUGGUAAAACGGUGACUAGUUCGGAAUGCAAUCUUGAAGCAGACAUUAUUUCUUCAUUAAAUCAACUGCAUGACACAUCAACAACAUCUGAGGAAUCAAAUUCUUCUUUGAGUGAUCUUGCUUCUCCUGAAAUGUCAAAUGAGUCUAAAUCAUUGCGGUUCCAGCAGAAAGGUGAUUUAUGUGAUGGUUUAGAAGAAUCUUGUAAACAAAUGACAGAAGCAGUGGUAUCCUAUCUCAAUGGGGAAUUGACAGCCACAGUUUCAGACUACCAGCUUUUAACCAAAAUGAAUACUUUAGCAGCUGACAAGUAUCAGGAAAUGUCAUUAUCAACAAACACUUUAAUAUCAAAAAUGGUUGAGCUUAAUGAAUCAUAUAAGUUGCUUCAACCUUACUUGAUACAGAUUGAUUUAUUGGAAGAGAGUGUUAAUACAUUAGAGCAAACAGCUUACAAGUUAGAUUCAUAUUCAAAGCAGCUUGAAACAAAAUUCAAGAAAAUGGAAUGGAAAUAAGAUGACUUCAAAUGAAAUAAACGUUUUUUAAAUGGAAAGUAGGCUCAGUAAAAUGAAAAAGAAACAAAUUUAUCAAAAAGAUUUGUCGAGAUUUCGAAAUUUAUCGAGAAAAAUUUCGUUUGCUUUGUAAAAUUGUUUUAAAGCUAUUUCCAAAA